CAGGCAGACACGUAAAAAAGGUUUGGAUGGGUCCUAAAAGAUCUUGAUUUGCUCCUGAGGAAAUACUAUUUUGCUGGGUCAGUUGCCCAUCAUCCCAUCCUGCCAGUCAACCAUGAGCCAGCCAGAUCUUGCCAACAACCCAGAUCUCAGCCCUGACCCACUGUGUGUGGUGUGUGGCCAGUCCCACUCCCCUGAGGAAAAUCAUUUCUACACCUAUACAGAAGAUGUGGACGAUGACCUCAUAUGCCACAUCUGCCUGCAAGCAUUGCUGGACCCUCUUGACACGCCCUGCGGACACACCUACUGCACUCUCUGCCUCACCAACUUCCUAGUAAACAAGGACUUCUGCCCCAUGGAUCGCAUGCCGGUGGUUCUCCAGCACUGCAAGAAAUCCAGCAUCCUGGUCCACAAGCUCCUCAACAAGCUGAUGGUGACCUGCCCGUUCACCGAGCACUGCACCGAGGUAGUGCAGCGCUGUGACCUCGAGCAGCACUUUCAAACCAGCUGUAAAGGUGCCUCCCACUACGGCCUGACCAAAGACAGAAAGAGGCGCUCUCAAGAUGGCUGUCCAGACAGUUGUGCGAGUCUCCCAUCAACAACACUCUUCCCAGAAGUUUCUGCAGCUGCCACCAUCGCCUUAAUGACUGAUGAGCCUGGCCUGGACAACCCUGCCUACGUGUCUACGGCAGAGGAUGGUCAGCCAGCAAACAGUCCAUCGGACUUUGGCCGGAGCAACCGAACUAGGGCACGGCCCUUUGAGCGAUCCUCUGUUAGAAGCAGGUCAUUUAAGAAGAUAAAUCGAGCUUUGAGUGUUCUUCGAAGGACAAAGAGUGGAACUGCAGUUGCCAACCAAGCUGACCAGAGCCGGGAAAAUUCUGAAAACACCGCUUCCCCUGAAGUCUUUCCAAGGUUAUAUCACCUGAUUCCAGAAGGUGAAAUUACCAGCAUCAAGAUUAAUCGCAUGGAUCCCAAUGAAAGCCUCUCCAUUAGGCUUGUGGGAGGCAGCGAAACCCCAUUGGUCCAUAUCAUCAUCCAACACAUCUAUCGUGAUGGGGUGAUUGCCAGAGAUGGCCGGUUACUGCCAGGAGACAUCAUACUAAAGGUCAACGGAAUGGACAUCAGCAAUGUACGGCACAACUACGCCCUGCGCCUCCUGCGGCAGCCCUGCCGGGUGCUGUGGCUGACUGUGCUGCGUGAGCAGAAGUUCCGAAGCAGGAACAACGGACAGGUGCUGGACACCUGUGGACCCCGAGAUGACAGUUUCCAUGUGAUUCUCAACAAAAGCUGCCCUGAAGAGCAGCUUGGGAUAAAAUUGGUGCGCAAGGUGGAUGAACCUGGGGUGUUCAUUUUCAACGUGUUGGAUGGUGGUGUGGCAGACCGACACGGUCAGCUGGAGGAGAACGAUCGCGUGUUAGCCAUCAACGGACAUGACCUUAGAUACGGCAGCCCAGAAAGCGCAGCUCAUCUGAUCCAGGCCAGCGAGCGGCGCGUUCACCUCGUCAUGUCGCGCCAGGUUCGUCAGCAGAGUCCUGACAUCUUUCAGGAAGCCGGCUGGAGCGGCAACGGCAGCCGGUCCCCAGGGCCAGCGGACAGGAGCGACACUCCCAAGCCCCCCAAUCCUGCGGUCACUUGUCAUGAGAAGGUGGUUACUGUCCGAAAAGACCCCAGCGAGUCUCUCGGCAUGACCGUUGGAGGGGGCGCAUCACACAGGGAGUGGGAUUUGCCUAUCUAUGUCAUCAGUGUUGAGCCCGGAGGAGUCAUCAGCAGAGAUGGAAGAAUAAAAACAGGUGACAUUUUGUUGAAUGUGAAUGGAGUUGAACUAACAGAGGUCAGCCGGAGCAAGGCCGUUGCACUGUUGAAAAGCACAUCCUCCUCGGUGGUUCUUAAAGUUCUAGAAGUCAAACAAUGUGAGCCCCAGGAAGACUGCAGCAGCCCAGCAGCCCUGGACUCCAACCACAACACAGCCCCAGCUGGCGACUGGUCCCCAUCCUGGGUCAUGUGGCUGGAAUUACCAGGGUACCUAUAUAACUGUAAAGAUGUUAUAUUACGAAGAAACACAGCUGGAAGUCUAGGAUUCUGCAUUGUAGGAGGUUAUGAAGAAUACAAUGGAAACAAACCUUUCUUUAUCAAAUCCAUUGUUGAAGGAACACCAGCAUACAAUGAUGGAAGAAUAAGAUGUGGUGAUAUUCUUCUUGCUGUGAAUGGCAGAAGUACAUCAGGAAUGAUACAUGCCUGCUUGGCGAGGAUGCUCAAAGAACUUAAAGGAAAAAUCACUCUGACUAUUGUUUCUUGGCCUGGCACUUUUUUAUAGAAUGAUGGGUCACAGAAAAAGAGAAAAUCACAAUUAAGUUGAAACAAUAUAUUUAUCUUGUCAAUUUUUGUAUUUAAAGGAUACACUGUAAAAAUGUGAACUUUAACGUCAGCAAAAGU